CCGGCUAAAUUUACCCGAGAACCACUUGGGCCCAAUUCUGUCCGAUUCGUGUAAUCCGUGAAUCAAUUCAACCGAUUCACUGAAAAGAUUCGACUCGGCCGAACAGUUCGUUCACGCUAGAGAGGAGAGAGGAGCUCCGCCGCCGCUGCUGCUGCUGUCUGGGGCCGAUAUGCAGAGGCGGGCCGGGGAAAAGAGGCACAAGAAGGGAAGGAAGUGCAGGAUUCCGAGGCGGCGUGUAUGAGUUAAGGAUCUCAGAGCAAGAAACCUGAACCUGGUGAUAAUAUUCGUCGCCCAGAAGCGGUAUUAAAGCAGGAAAGGGCCGUUUUUAUGUGAGUGCAGCCUCGCUCUCUUUGAAAACCACUAGCCAGCUAACGCUAGUCAUGUAGCGCUCCAUUCACACGAACGCCAAACAUGGACACGACUGCACACAGUACUUGUGUUUUACAUCGCCUUUGUGGCUAACAAACUCUCGGAUGAACGGAUCCCAAUGGCGAUAGAGCGCUAAUGGAGGGGCGUUGUGGAUUUAGCUAGACAUUCACCCAGAGAAAACACUCUCGUCCGCUGUUGAAUCUGUGGCUUUGAAUUCCUCGAACCUGAUAAAAGUGCUCCUCCGUUGUUGUUUUGGUCAUAAAACGCUUCGAUAAGAAGUGCUGUGGUAUUUUUAUGUUUUUAUGGCCGUUGCUGAGCAGAUAAAGUUAGCUGUAGCUUAAGCCUGGAUCAGACCAAAUGAAGGAGUAUAAGGUGGUUGUGCUGGGCAGCGGCGGCGUGGGCAAGUCCGCACUCACGGUCCAGUUUGUGACCGGGACAUUCAUAGAGAAAUAUGACCCGACCAUCGAGGACUUCUAUAGGAAAGAGAUCGAGGUGGACUCGUCCCCCUCGGUGCUGGAGAUCCUGGACACCGCUGGGACCGAGCAGUUUGCGUCCAUGCGAGAUCUGUACAUCAAAAAUGGGCAAGGCUUCAUUCUAGUCUACAGCCUUGUCAAUCAGCAGUCUUUUCAGGACAUCAGACCCAUGCGGGACCAGAUCGUUCGUGUGAAGCGAUUCGAGAAGGUGCCUCUGAUCUUGGUGGGGAAUAAGGUGGACCUGGAGUCCGAGCGGGAGGUGGCGGGCUCUGACGGACGUGCCCUCGCACAAGAGUGGGGCUGCCCCUUCAUAGAGACCUCGGCCAAGAGCAAGAGCAUGGUUGAUGAGCUGUUUGCUGAGAUUGUGAGGCAGAUGAACUACACCACUUUGCCCGAGAAGCAAGAGCAGUGCUGCACCGCCUGUGUUGUGCAAUGAGCGUCCUGGCCUUACUUUCAGUCCAGACACAAGAUCCAGAUGGACGCUCUCUUGAACCAGUCUCUGAUCGUAUGACCCUCUGAGCCACACCUGUGCCACUGAGCCCCUUGAACUCUGACACUUAAGACAUCUGGCCGAGGCUUGGCUUUGCUGUCCAGAAAUAAAUCAUUGCAGGGUCUUCAAAACUCAAAUCCACCGGGUCUGGAUUGUAGAGCACAUAUACAAUAUCUUCAAGUUAUGUUUUGGUUACCUGGAAACAAGUCAAGUCUGCGAAUUGGAGCACAGAAAACUUUUGGGAAUGGGGAUAUCUGUGACAGGGCUAUUAAUAGCUAUUUUUCUUAUAUAGGGAAAAGGGUUAUGACGAGCAGGUCAGCUCAGGGCUGUAAUACCCCUGGAGAUGCUCCGUUGAAAAUGUUCCCUGUUUUUUUUCUUUUAACAUAUUAAGUUUGAUAUCUAAUUAUUAAGCUGUAACAGCCGUUAUGCAGGUUCGAGACCUCAAUAUCUAACGUUUCUUUUUUUCCCCCUUUUGAUUUUUUUUUAAACUACUGGUAUGUAUGCUUUCUCUCCUAAUACUCUAUUUAUUAAAGUCUUUAAUUACCGAGAUAGAUAAAUAUUGCAUUUUUAUAUUCUGUUGGCUGUUUUAGCUUUUUGUGACUACAGUAUGCAUUGUUUCUGAAGUACAGCAUUGAUGAUGCCUUAAAUGAUUACAGUCUGAAACCCCUGUUGAGUCGGUUUUUCUUUUCUUGUAUUUUAAUUUCAUUUUUAGGAUGUCUCUUGCAUAUCAUUUGUGCCCAACAAGUUACAAUAUGUUUUGGACACGUUUCCAACUGCUUCAUUAUGAACUUAAAUGAUCAGCAGUCCAUUCAGCACAGUAUUGCGAAUGUUACUUUUGGCUUUUAACACUGUAAGCACAUCAAAUGUACAAAUGCCAAAGUUGGUUAUCAUUGACUUUUUUUUUUUGAGACAUUUAAACCAAAACAACUAAAUAAAGAACUUGAAAUCAAUGCAUGCAAUACCUCACAAUAGGCUUUUGAUAAUGACCUUUAAAUUGCCUGGAAAUCAGCCAUUAUCAGUUCAACAAUCUGUCUUAUUGCGGGGGAAACCCAAUGUCUGAAAUGUGAGGAUCUUGUGAUGAGCUUGAAGAAGGAGGCUGUUUGCUUGCAGAGUUAAGUAGAUGAGGGUGUUUUCCAACUAAAACAUUCCAUUUGCUUUUAAAAAGGUUACAUUUUGACAUGGAUAGGGCUAAUGCCAUAAAUGCAUAAUGUUUUGUCAUGCACAUCUGACUGAAGUUCAGGACUUUGUUGCAGAUUUUUUUCGUAGUGGAGAGACAAAGAAAUAAGAUACAAAAGUAUUUAAGACCGCAUUAAAUACAAAAAAAGAUAGGGCCUUCAAGAACGUUCAACAAUGUUAAACGACCAAGUUUCAUCCUUUUGCCCGUCUGUGGUCUAGG